CGUCUUCCUUCUUCGUCUUAUUACUUUCCUUUUUAUUGUUUCCAUUUAUCAUCUACCAGUUUUCCAGUGAAAACGAAAAAAUGGUCGCAAGAGCAAGAGGAGGAGCUAGGCUUCAAUGUCUGUCUUUGUUUAUAGUAAUUCACUUUUUGGUCGUAUCCGCCAACUUCUUUAAGCCGUUCAAUGUUAGCUAUGACCACAGGGCUCUGAUCAUCGAUGGUCAGCGCCGUAUGCUUAUUUCCGGUGGAAUUCACUACCCGCGUGCUACUCCUGAGAUGUGGCCUGAUCUGAUUGCAAAGAGCAAGGAAGGCGGAUUAGAUGUUAUUCAAACUUAUGUGUUUUGGAAUGGGCAUGAGCCAGUUAAAGGACAGUAUUUCUUUGAAGGAAGGUAUGAUCUUGUCAAGUUUGUGAAGCUGGUGGGAGGUAGUGGACUGUAUCUUCAUCUCCGCAUAGGUCCUUAUGUUUGCGCCGAAUGGAAUUUUGGGGGUUUCCCGGUGUGGUUACGUGAUAUUCCUGGCAUAGUAUUUCGAACAAACAAUGAUCCCUUUAAGGAGGAGAUGCAGCGGUUUGUGAAAAAGAUUGUGGAUUUAAUGCGGGAGGAAAUGCUGUUCUCUUGGCAAGGUGGUCCAAUCAUCAUGUUGCAGAUUGAAAAUGAAUAUGGAAACAUUGAACACUCAUUUGGGCCAGAGGGAAGGGAAUAUGUUAAGUGGGCUGCCAGGAUGGCUCUAGGGCUCGGUGCAGGGGUACCAUGGAUAAUGUGCAGGCAAACUGAUGCUCCUGAAAACAUUAUAGAUGCUUGCAAUGCAUAUUAUUGUGAUGGUUAUAAGCCAAAUUCUCAUAAUAAACCAAUAUUUUGGACAGAGGAUUGGGAUGGAUGGUAUACAACUUGGGGAGGAAGCUUGCCUCAUAGGCCUGUUGAAGACCUUGCUUUUGCAGUUGCACGUUUUUUUGAACGUGGAGGAAGCUUCCAGAAUUAUUAUAUGUAUUUUGGUGGAACAAACUUUGGUCGGACAGCUGGAGGCCCAUUCUAUAUAACUAGUUAUGACUAUGAUGCUCCAAUUGACGAAUAUGGUCUGCUGAGUGAGCCCAAAUGGGGGCAUUUGAAAGAUUUGCAUGCUGCUAUAAAGCUGUGUGAACCAGCACUAGUUGCUGCAGAUUCACCUCAGUACAUAAAAUUGGGACCCAAGCAAGAGGCACAUGUCUACCAUGCAAAUGCUCGUGUUGAUAGCCUGAACUCUACUUGGCAUGGAAGUCAAAGCAGGUGCUCUGCAUUUCUUGCAAAUAUUGAUGAACGGAAAACAACUACUGUGAGAUUCCUUGGUCAAUCAUAUACUUUACCACCAUGGUCAGUGAGUAUUUUACCAGACUGCAAGAAUGUGGUUUUCAACACUGCCAAGGUUGCAGCACAAACUUCUAUCAAACCUGUAGAGCUUGCUUUGCCAUACUUUUCAGAUAUUUCUACGCUGCAACAAUUCACGGCUCAUGCUGAAGGUUUCAAUAAGCGAGCAUCUUGGUUGACUGUAAAAGAGCCGAUUAGAGUUUGGAGUGAGAAAAAUUUUACAGUUGAAGGCAUCUUGGAGCAUUUGAAUGUCACAAAGGAUUAUUCUGACUAUCUUUGGUAUUUCACCAGAAUAUACGUUUCUGAUGAUGACCUUGCAUUUUGGGAAGAAAACAAAGUUAGUCCUGCAGUUACAAUAGAUAGCAUGCGUGACGUGUUACGCAUAUUUAUUAAUGGCCAGCUUAUAGGCAGUGUGAUCGGUCAUUGGGUCAAGGUGGUGCAGCCAGUUCAGUUCCAGAAAGGAUAUAAUGACUUAGUGUUGUUGUCUCAAACCGUGGGUUUACAGAAUUAUGGCGCCUUCUUAGAAAGAGAUGGGGCAGGGUUUAAGGGCCAAACUAAGCUCACUGGUUUUAAGGAUGGGGAUAUAGACCUCUCGAACUUAUCAUGGACCUACCAGGUGGGGCUUCAGGGUGAGCACCUAAAAUUAUACACCCAACAAAAUAACAAAGAGGCGGAAUGGACUGAUUUGACACUUGAUGAAAUUCCAUCAACAUUUACCUGGUACAAGACAUACUUUGAUGCACCAGCUGGGGUUGACCCAGUUGCCCUUGAUUUGGGAAGCAUGGGAAAGGGCCAGGCAUGGGUGAAUGGCCACCACCUAGGAAGAUACUGGACUCUGGUUGCCCCAGAAGGUGGAUGCCAAGAAAUUUGUGAUUAUCGAGGAGCCUACAGUUCUGGGAAAUGUACAACAAAUUGUGGGAAGCCUACUCAAACCUGGUACCACAUCCCACGGUCAUGGUUACAGGCAUCAAACAAUUUGCUUGUCUUAUUCGAGGAGACGGGAGGGAAUCCAUUUGAAAUUUCAAUAAAGAUACGUUCAGCCCGUGUGAUCUGUGCUCAAGUGUCAGAAACCCACUAUCCACCUCUUCAUAAGUGGGUCCAUCCAGAUUUUAUUGAUGGAAAUAUUUCAGUUAAAGAUAUGACACCAGAAAUGCAGUUACAAUGUCAAGAUGGAUAUAUAAUCUCCUCCAUAGAAUUUGCUAGCUAUGGAACUCCUCAAGGGAGCUGUCAGAAAUUUUCUAGAAGCAAUUGCCAUGCACCCAAUUCUUUGUCUGUAGUGGCCAAGGCUUGCGAAGGAAGAAUUAAAUGCAGCAUUUCAAUUUCAAAUGCUGUAUUUGGAGGUGACCCAUGCCAUGGCAUUGUUAAAACAUUGGCCGCUCAGGCAAGAUGCGUCUCAUCAACAAAAGUUGGUUCCUCUCAGUAUUGAUCUCAAGCAGUCGGUGAUUUGACGAUCCUGAGGCAUUUUUGAUGUUGUCGACUCCUGCCCAUAAUUUUAAGUCAGUUGUUCAAGAGAUGUUUCAAUGCCGGAAGCCGUGACAUAGGAUUCUCCGAAACACUGGUAUCUGUUACAUAUUCCAGAACUAAAAUAUUUGUCAAUACACUGUCAGACACGUUCGCAAUGACCUUAUUACUGAACCAUCCUCUUUUGCUCCCGCUAUAUAUAUAUAUAUAAAAGCAAAACUUGGAAAUGUCAACAUGUGAAUCUAUUACAGAUGGCCUGGCCUAUCAAGAAAAGUCACGAUGCUACAAGAUUCUCCAAUUGAUGAAAAAUUAUGAUUAUUUUCUGUGUUA